GUUAUCUCCCGUGAAUCAAGAUGUCUGCGCCCAUCGGCACAAAUCAACGUGACGGGUGAAGGGCGGUUCAUGAUGGGAAAACAAGACACUGACAGUGACUGUGGAAGCCCUGAGGGCAAGAUUAUGACAGAGCUUGGCGUUUCUGUGUUGUCUAAAGUGGGGAAAACACCUUUGGAAAAGUCCAAGUUUUACAAUGCUCGACUCGCCCUAAUCAGAGAAGCUGUGUUGAACACGCUGUGUACCAUGACAAGGGAGACAACUGAAACAUUACACUGUGUGGACGCAGUAGGAGGAACAGGAGUAACCGGCCUCCAGUGGAAGGUGAGAUUGAAGAAUUUAGUGCAUGUUACGAUAACGGAGAAGGAACAUAUUACCGAAGUACAAAGUAACUGUGAGAGAAACAGAAUCUCCGACUGUCCCUUGCCCCUAGACAUGAGUCGUGUUCCAGGGGACCCCAUGGUGUCCCAGCGAGACCAGGAGGUUCACACCUGUAAAUGUACAGCUCCUGUACUCCUCCAUAUGGAAGCUUUUGACUUUGUGUACCUUUACCCGCACAGUAAUAUAUCUGGGCACAUAGAUGCAGCUGUAACAAAUAUCCGUAAUAAUGGUGUCCUGUGUCUAGUGUCUACAGACUCGACACAUCAAUUCACACGCUCAGCCGUUUCCGUUCGACGUCACUUUGGUGCCACAGUAACCAAGACAGAAUAUCUCAAAGAGCUGGCAGCCAGGGUCAUUAUAGGCUCCAUAGUCAGGGCAGCAGCUAAGUGUAACAAGGGAGUAGAAGUUCUCUAUGUUUUGUUUGUCGAGGACUUCUUCCUUGUAGCAGUGAAGGUGUUGAGGGGACCAAAGUUUGCUGAUAGUUGUACUGACCGUAUCAGACGUCUGCUGCACUGUCAAAUGUGUGAGGAACGUGUCUUCUACCCCCUCACCAAUACCCCAAUAGAACACCCAUAUACUUUACUGCCUUGUAGGUGUCAGGACACCACACCGGGGAAAACAGCACUUGUUCUAGGGCCAAUGUGGUCAGGAGAAUUGUUCAGCUCAGUCUUUCUCGCUAGAAACUUAAUAAAUGCCAAGGAAGAACAAUUCUCUAAAAAGCUACACAGUAUAUGGACAGUCAUGUUGGAUGAGGUGCGAUGUGUUCAGAGUAUAGUUCCCAAAGAAACAGAAAAUGGAAGUAACCCCACGGAAGAACCUUGUGUAAAACGACAAAAACUGUGUGACUCAGGAGUUUCACAAAUGUCAACAGAGUCUGGGAGUGACCAUGAACAAAUGCCACCGUUCUUCUAUAAUGUUCUACGAAGGAAGUGGAAAGGAAUAGAUGUUCCAAAAUAUCCGGUACUGCUAGAUCUCCUGCAUAGGGAGGGACAUCGAGCAUCUCGUACCCAUUUUGACUUUGGUGGUAUCAGGACUAGUGCUACUCUGACUGAUGUGACAUUGAUUCUGUCUAAACACUGUCAACUAACACAACAGAGCAGUGUACCAGUAGAGUGAUGGUGUAAAACAGAACUUGUGCCUGGGUUAUAUUACUUAUUUGUUGAAGGACACAGACAUGUAGCCCAAUUUUCCUCUGGCCACGACACCAGACUUAACAGUAGGUAGUCGCUUGAUAGUAGAUUUUUGUUGUCAGCAUUUCCAAAGUCUCCAAUACCAAACGGUGUCGUACAGUUCCAUGUUUUCAUGUAGUAGUGUGCUCUGGCCCCACAUCAGACAUCUAUCUGUCAAAAUGUCUAAGUUUUGUGUCAGGGCCAGAGGAAACUUGGGCUAACACACAUGUUGAUAUCCAAUUAUCAUUGCCUUAGGAUUAAAUAUUAAACUACACGUUUUAUA